AAUUAUCCCCUCACAGAACCCGAGCCCCAUACCCGAUUCGGUCCAGAGUAAACCCGAUUCUUCCGCUCCCUUCCGUGCACCGUCGCAACUUUAGUAUUACAUACUCUCUACCAGCCCAUCUCCGCCGCUACCCCACCUCCUGCUCGGCCCACAGCCACCACCAUCAAGACCACGGCCACGGUCAGUCGCAGCAGAAUGGCCAUCGUGAUCAUCAUGACAACCACCACCACCACCACCAUGGUCCCAAUGAAUGUAAUCUGCAACUAACUAAACCCCAGGAGGUUCUUCUCAAGUUUGCGGAGAUGACUAGGUGGACCAACUUGUCCAAUUUCCUGCGGGAAAAUUUGGAACUCUGUUGUUUCUCAGCCGCUUUGUUUAUUGCUGCAUCCGCUUGCCCCUAUGUGCUUCCUAAACCGGCCGCAAAGCCUUUCCAACAUGCUUUAGCUGCCAUUGCCUUUCCUCUUGUCGGGAUUUCAGCUUCACUUGAUGCCCUAAUGGACAUUAGUGGUGGAAAAAUUAAUAUCCAUGUGCUGAUGGCUCUUGCAGCCUUUGCUUCAGUUUUCAUGGGAAACCCAUUGGAAGGUGGCUUGCUUUUAGCGAUGUUUAAUUUGUCGCAUAUAGCUGAGGAGGCCUUCACUCGUCGCUCCAAGAUUGACGUAAAGGAAUUGAGAGAAAAUCAUCCAGAGUUUGCUCUUUUGCUUGAUACAAAUAGUGGAAGCUUACCGAGUUUCUCACACUUGACAUAUUCUGAAGUUCCUGUUAGCUACUUGAAAGUUGGCUCAUUAAUAUUUGUCAAAGCGGGCGAGUCUGUCCCUGUGGAUUGUGAAGUUUUAAAAGGUAGCUCAACAAUCACAGUUGAGCACUUGACUGGUGAGGUCAAACCUUUAGAAAAAAGCGUUGGGGAUAGCAUUCCGGGGGGAGCGAGGAACGUGGAUGGUAUGUUGAUAGUUAGGGCGAAGAAAACAUGGAAAGAGUCGACACUAAACAGGAUUGUGCAGUUGACCGAGGAAGCUCAGUUAAGUAAACCAAAGCUUCAGAGGUGGUUGGAUAACUUUGGAGAGCAGUAUAGCAAGGUUGUGGUACUCCUGUCCAUAUCUGUUGCUGUUAUGGGACCUUUUCUUUUCAGGUGGCCACUCAUUAGUUCCUCAGCUAGCAGAGGAUCAAUUUAUAGAGCACUUGGGUUAAUGGUAGCCGCAUCACCAUGUGCUUUAGCUGUAGCUCCUUUGGCGUAUGUGACAGCUAUCAGCGCUUGUGCUAGAAAGGGAAUAUUACUCAAAGGCGGUGAAGUUCUUGAUGCUCUAGCAUCAUGUCGUAGCAUUGCAUUUGACAAAACUGGCACUUUGACGACUGGGGAUUUUGUGUGUAAAGCAAUUGAAGAAGCCCUUGCUGUUGCAGCUGCGAUGGAGAAGGGCACUACUCACCCAAUUGGAAGAGCUUUUUUGGACCAUAGCUCAGGCAAAGAUCUUCCUUCAAUUUCUGUUGAAAGUUUUGAAAAUCUGCCUGGUAGAGGUGUCUUUGCAACAUUGUCUAGCGCAGAGGCAGGACUUGUAGGCAGUAAGCCAAUGAAAGCCUCACUGGGUUCUAUUGAAUAUAUCACAUCACUUUACCAGUCUGAAGAUGAAUCAAGCAAGAUAAAGGAGGCUGUAAGGACAUCUGUUUAUGGAGUAGAUUUUGUUCGUGCUGCUCUUUCUGUUAACAAUAAAAAGGUUACUCUUUUUCACUUCGAAGAUAAGCCUCGACCUGGGGUUCCAGAUGUCAUACGCACAUUACAUGACCAAGGAGAACUUCGUGUAAUGAUGUUAACAGGCGAUCAUGAAGCAAGCGCAUGGAGAGUUGCAAAUGUUGCGGGCAUCAAAGAGGUUUACUGUAGCCUUAAACCCGAGGAUAAGCUAUAUCAUGUGACAAGAAUUUCAAGAGAAUCUGGGGGGCUAAUAAUGGUAGGCGAUGGUAUCAAUGAUGCCCCUGCUCUUGCUGCUGCUACUGUUGGCAUUGUUCUAGCUGAACGUGCCAGUGCAUCAGCUAUAGCUGUUGCAGACGUCCUGUUAUUGCAAGACAAUAUUUCUGGUGUUCCAUUCUGUGUGGCUAAAUCUCGGCAAACAACAUCGCUGAUUAAGCAAAAUGUGGCUCUUGCAUUGUCUAGCAUUGCCUUUGCCUCACUUACAUCGGUUAUGGGAUUUCUCCCCUUGUGGCUAACGGUGCUUCUACAUGAAGGUGGAACACUUCUUGUGUGCUUGAAUUCCAUCCGUGCUCUUAAUGACCCUACGUGGUCCUGGAAAGACAAUAUCUCAAAACUAGCUAACCGAUUGCGAAAUGUAGUUAUGAUUUGUAGAAGGCAUAAUGCCACUCGAUGCACCACCAUGCAAACAACUUCAUGAUCCCCAUCUGGUUCACACCCACAACUCAUACAUUCUUUCUCACUAUGUAUUAUGCUGCGAAAGCUAAAUCUCAAAUGGAAGAAGUAUGAAGCGUAAGUCCUACAUUGCAAUGUAUAUGCUGAAUGAUCAACUUGUUGCAAUGCAAUUUGCUGGUUAUGGUUCAUUUCUCGAUAUCUAAAGUAAACUAAAAUUCAAACUCAUAUAUGAAAGGUAUUUCACGAUACUUUGAUUGCAAAUACUUUGUGGUGAUAAAUGCAUUUGUUUGUA